CUUCCUCUCAGUCAGAGAACAUUUCCUGUCACUGUUUCUGACCUGCUCUGCUGAAUGUGGCUAAAAGUCAGAUGUGAUUUCAGCUGAAAGGUGGCAUUUGCCUCGUUCACCUGUUUGCAGAGCCUUUUGCCGUCUGCUGCUCUUUUACCAUUCUGCAAGGCUAAUUUCAAACUACAUAGCAACAGAGCAUCCGUCUGAGAUGAACCGCCGUCUAAUGACAGUCGACUGGGAUAGAGAGCAAAAACAUUUAUUUGCCAAAUGACUUUGCCAUCAGAACUGUUUUGUGUGCUACAGUGUUGUAAUCACAUUACAAACAAAAAUCACUUUUACAUUCAAGCCAUCAGUGAGGAGAGUAUUUUUUAAUAACUCAAACACAUGUACUGGUUGGUGAUUGAUUCCUGUUUAGUGGAUAAAAUGCAGCGUUUUCUCCAGAACUACUCAGUUAUCACAUUUCUAUGGCUUUCAUUUGAUCCUCCAUACUUAUCAGACUGAAAUUGGUUUUUUUGGGGGGUUUUUUUAUCCGUCUUACUUUCAGAAGUACAUCCUCUUUCCCUUUUUUAACUAUGUAAUUUAUUUUUUAUUAUUAUUAAUUUUUGAAGUAUUCUACAUAUUCAAAUUUGCAGAACACUAAAAUACGUUGCGUGUGGACAGGCAACUUAUUUUAGCAGCUAAAAGGAAAUUACUGUGGGUUUUCAAAAUGGACCGCUGUUGGUAGGUGAUGACUCUCAAACCACAAAUAUUAAUAACUCCUCAUAGAGUGCCAGUUCCUGAACAACCUCUUCAGAUCCACCUGCAGCCGAGCUGAGAGCAAUGGAUCCUUGUUCCACCUCUGUAACUUACACAGUUCACCCUGUUGAGACCGUCCCACUGCAGGACAGACAUCAAGUGUCCCGUGGACAGCCUGCGGGUCCCACAGGAGGUCAGCACAUCGUAGUGAACGUCCCCACUGAGCCUCCAGCAGAUUAUCUGGUCUGGUCGCUGUGGAACUUCAUCUAUGGAAAUAUUUGCUGCCUUGGAUUCGUGGCUGUGGUUUAUUCUGUCAGGGCCAGAGACAGGAAGCUGGUUGGAGAUCAGGAAGGAGCCAGACGUCACGCCUCCAUCGCUCGCGCUCUCAACAUCACAGCGACCGUCCUGAUGUCUCUGCUCGUCUUUCUCGCCAUCGUUGUGCCCACUGCUAUGAUAGCACAAGGAGCAAGCUAUUACAAUAAUGAAUAUAACAGAAAUAUAAAUUACAAUAAUGAAUAUAACAGAAAUAUAAAUCACAAUAAUGGAUAUAACGGAUAUAGAUAUUACAACUAUCGUCACUAAGUAACUUUUGUGAGGUAUGAGGGGUUUUCAAACACCAUGACUCGUCUUAUUCUCUGUUUUUAUUUCAAAUUAAACUGUAACAGUUGUAAUAGUAGUGAGAUCUGAGGAAACAAAGAAGAAUCUCAUUUGAAUAAAGUUCACCUGCUUAAAA